AUGAACAGCAAGGAUGAGGGGGGAAAGGCGUCGGAGGCUGGGAGUAGUACGAAGCUCACGACAGCCUCGUUUCUCAAAUGCAUCCAAGAUGUAACCUCAUACUCUUUCGAAAGUGAAGAUGAGCGCAUGCAAGCACUCCUCGGAACAUACGCUCUCAUGGCGCGUCUAGAAUCUCCAUGGGAGACUUUGCCGGCCCUUGGCGCAACUUUGAAGAUCCUGAAGGACCUGCAACUUUUUGAGAAAUGGCAAGCUCAGAACGACGAGGCGAUGACGAGUUGCCAGCUUGCUGAGCUGUUGGGAGGGACUUGUGAUCCUGCGCUACUCUACCGGUUCCUACGUCUAAUGGCAUCGAAUCAUCUUCUUGAAGAAACCUCUGUAGGUGUCUUCAAGCCGACCUCAUUCGGAGUUGCCGUCACAGCACCGGCAUUCGACAGUCUAAUCCACAGCUUCAACGACACAAUCCUCCCAAUGUACGCCAAAAUGCCAGAAUACUUUUCAAAAACGGACUACACCAAUCCGCAAGACUCCUCCUACACCGUCUUCCAGUACGCGCACAGGUGGGACGGCGAUCUAUGGUCCUACUACCAAGCUCACCCCAAACAGCAAGAGCAGUUUAGUACUAUUCAGCAGACAAUCUCAGGACUACAUCCUGCAUGGACAGAGAUCUUCCCGGUCGAGAGACUGAUGGAAGGAGAUGACGCUCGGACGCCUUUGCUUGUGGAUGUUGGCGGGAGUACCGGGCACGAUGUACUCAAGUUCCACUCCAUCUAUCCAGAGACAGCCUCCCGAUUGUAUCUCGAGGAUUUAGGGUCCGUGGUAGAACAAGCUGUCUUGCCUGAGGGAGUACACGGGGUUUCAUACGACUUCUUUACACCACAGCCGAUAAGAGGAGCAAAAGCAUACCUACUGCACUCCAUACUCCACGAUUGGUCCGACGCCCCAGCCCGCAAGAUCCUAGAAAUUCAGAGAGACGCCAUGACGCCCGGAUCCAGCAAGUUACUCAUCCACGAUAACAUUGUCGAAACGGCUCUAGCACAUCCGCAGACAACCGCCUUCGAUAUCCAGAUGAUGGCCAUGGUCGCCGGUCAAGAGCGGACAGAGGAUCAGUGGAGGGAGCUUAUCACCUCGGUUGGAUUACGUGUUGUCAAUAUUUGGAGGUUGAAGUCUGCUGUGCAUAGCAUCAUUGAAGUCUCGAGAUAG